CUGGUACAUGAUCAUCAAAGUGCAUGGAGAUGAUCAAGAAAUCCUGGACCACACGCCCUGUGUACAGAAUGUCCGGGGCUUCACCGGCAGCUUUCUUUACUCAAUCGAGACCCAACACACAAUAGGCUAUGGUUUCAGGCCUUCAUGGUGGGCGUAGUCUUUGCCAAACUAACACGCCCCAAACAACGAAGCAACACCAUCUUGUUCUCCCGCAAUGCCUGUAUCUGUCUCCGUGAUAGUAAACUGUGCGUCAUGUUCCGUGUUGGCGACAUGAGAAAAUCCUUUAUCAUUGGAGCCAGUGUAAAAGCUCAGGUUUUGCGUAAAAGGAGGACUGAAGAGGGAGAAGAGAUUCCUUAUCAUCAGUAUGAUGUGAAAGUGGGAAAUGAUGAUGGCUCAGAAAACCUCUUCUUCAUAUGGCCAAUGACAAUUGUUCACAUUAUUGAUGAAAAUUCACCAUUCUUUAAUAUGUCUGCUCUGGAUCUUAUGAAUGAAAAAUUUGAACUUGUGGUUUACCUAGAGGGUACAACCGAGUCUACAGGCAACACUAUGCAGGCUCGCUACUCAUAUCAGCCAUCUGAUGUCUUAUGGGGACAUAGAUUCGAGAACUUGGUAUAUUUCGACAAGGCCUCAGACAACUAUGUUGUUGAUUUUAGGGAAUUCAACAAAACAAGAGAGAUUCCAACCCCUCUGUGCAGUGCCAGAGACCUCGAGGAAUUUAAACGUCAGAGUACCGAUCCUCUCCUGUGUUACACUCCGUCAAACACAGACCAUAUUGUGUGCUUGGAACCUGAAAUGCUUGCUGCCGAAGAAGACCAGGCAGGAAAUUGAAAGUUGUGAGUUUUUGAUAAGGUAUUUCAGAACAAAUUUAUAUGAAUUGAGGAGGAAUUAUGUUGAAUUAUAAUUACUCAUGAUAAUGAAGAUAGUCUACAUAAGGAUUAGCUAAGGCUUACACUUUACAUUGGUUAACUAGUGAUGGUACUUUUGAAAAUAAAAUGUGUUCAUUACUUGAAGUUGAACCACAGGCAGCAAAAACUAUUAACUCCAGAUACUAUAAGGAUGAUUGAGAGCUGUUUUUCUACAUAAACUGUAGAAUCCUGCAGUAUUUUAUUAUUGAUGUGGAAAAAUGCAAUGAAUUUUAAUUUGUUGAGCAAACCACACACUAGAAAGUGAACAGACAAUGACGUUUCGGUCCGUUCUGGACUAUUAUCAAGUCAAUUGUCAAGACAAUAUUUGAUAAUGGUCCAGGAUGGACCAAAAUGUCGUCGUCUUCACUUUUAGUGUGUGGUUUGGUCAAUAUUUUUCAGCCACAUUAUUGUGACUCAUCUGCAAAUUAUAAUUUUCCUUUGUUGUUUUAUUAAGCACAGUACUGUACUGUAGUAAUUACAAAUUGUCUUUGUUCUGAUAUAAAAAACUGAAAAAAACCAUGUUGACCUAAUGAGUUGAAGUACAUUUAAGAACUGGAGUGCAUAAUAGCUAUAUAACACGCUAACAUGAUGACUAAUGUGCAGUAUACAGUAAUAAUUAUAUUUUUGUGUAAAAUUGCUACUGUUAUGACUUUUUAGACAGUGAAAGUUGGGAUCGGGUAAAAUAAGCAUUACCUUUGUAAGAUAUACAGUACGCAGGUUUGGUAAAUUUUGCAUUGGUUUUCAAAUAAAUUUGUCAUCUUGGUUGAAGCAGUUGAAGUAACGUACAGCAGUUGGCCUCCUGUGUGAGACUAGCAAAAUAGCCACAACUUCAAGGUCAGUGCUCGGAAGACAAACCAUGUGCACAUACUGUAAUCCCCCCCCCUCCCCCCAAUAAUAUUGUGAAGUGCACUAAAUAAAACCAGCUUCGUAUUGCAAUUAGGAUAUACAAUAUCUGUGAAAACUACCUAUUUCUGUUCACCAUAUAUAUUUUUCUUACUGUUGGUGCGGGAGUUUCUUCCUCCCUGUAGUGCCUUAAUACUGGUGAUGAUGCCCAUGGUUUAGCAUUUAGCUCUUGCCUCUGCUCCAAAAUGUAUUUACUUUUACUCGUAGGGACAAGCACAUCAAACAUUGUAUUUAAUAGAGCUUAUUCUUGUAAGUCUGCCUCGUCCAUCUGAGUUUGGAUAGGUGCAUCAAAUUUUAUUAAAAAAUUAAUUGAAACUUAGUGUAAUGGGUGUGACUGGGCAACGUACAAUAAUUUAUCCUUAACCUGCUACAAUAUAUGUUAAGGACUACUGUACAGCAUUGUAAAUUUCAUAUUGUAUUAUUUUAAUUCCUCAUUGUUUUUUUUUUUUAUUCAUGCAGUGUAUUCAUCAACAAGACUUCAACUAAUUCUUCUACAAUAAAAUGCAUCUUUUUUACCAGUUACUAUUUCUUCCACUCUCAUUUGUACCUGUCUUAGUGUACAUCUUGGCCACACAUUCCAAUAAUUAAUACCUUAUUUACAAUCCAUACUUCUGUUUAACAUUUGUUUAUUUUUAUUCAUCUAAAUUUGUAUAAUACAAUAUAGUAUUGCAAAUCAAAAAUUUAUUAUUUAAUUUCUACACAUCAGUAAUUUGUAAGCUUGCAUGCAGAUUCUUAUUUAACUCUGUUUAUACAGAGGUUUAAAUAAUCAUCCUUUAAUUCUGCUUAUCUCUAACUCUGUUUAGUGCCACAGACAGUGCUAAGAAGUCUUCCAGGCUUGCCACCUUGACUUGAUAAUUCAAACUCUGGCAUCCCAGACUACUACGACACUAUCAUUACUUUAUAUUGUUUUAACUAUUGAUUGCAUAUAUUAAGUAUGCAUUCUCAGUUAACAAAUACAGUAUUAUAUUAAAGCGUGUGCAUCUUUAUUGUUCAAAAUGACAUUUCUAAAUUUGCUAUUACUGUAUUUAUAAUGGUGGAUUAUUACUCUCUUCAGCUCCUGUCUGUGCUUAUAACCAUUGAUGCUUCCCAUUGGUUACUCCACUUUGAAGAGAUGAACAUGAGCAUGUAGACUUUUAGGCUUUUAAAUCUUCAAAUAUUAGACUUUUGAUGAGCACAUGCAAUAUUUGCAGAAGAAUCCUUGAAGCUGGCUCGGGUACAAUCAUCUGCCUCCUACUUGCACUGAGAAGAGCCUGUGAGAAAGGCUAAAGAGUUUGAGUAGAGGAUGUUCCUUCCUCAUUAAGAAAAUGUGUGAAGUAUGAAGACCUGCAAAGUUUGGGUGAAAAGACUUGCCCAGAUAAAGCUGUAGCAGGCCGUUGCAUUAACCUUUUUAAAUGACAAUGGGAUGUCUCACUACAGACAAGUGUUAAGACAGGGAAAACAAGUCUGGAAAGGUUCUUAGUGAGAAAAACAAGCAGUGAGCCACAAUCAGGUCCUAGUGGUAUGCAGGCAAAAUGUAGGAGAGAGAGAGUACCCUAGAGAAGUCAUCACUGCCUGAUGUUAAAAUGGAAGGGCACUCCCCUUCAAAGCACAAACACCUCUCCUCCUUCCCCCCCCCCUCCUCACAGUCUUCCAUACGCCAACAAGUCUUCAAUAAAGGUAAGCUAUUAACUUGUACAUACUAUAGUACAAAAUAUUUGUUAAUUUUGUAUGAAAUGUAUUUUGAAGUUAAUAUUUUUGGGAGAGUGGAAUAGAUUAAUUCAAAUUACAUUAUUUCUUGUGGGAAAAUUUGUUUCGGGUUAAAAGCUGGUUUUGCGAGUGAAUUAAAUUUGUAAAUGAUGGUACCACUGUAUAUUUAAAAAUAUAGAGAGAACAUGAUAGUAGUCAAACUAGUACUGGUAGUUACAUUGAUGCAUAGUUAAUUAAGCCAUUAGUACAAAAAACGUACUACUGUAGUUGACAUUAAUUUGGUUGAAAUCUAACAAUUCAGUGUCUAAUAGUUUUACUCAAGGUUAGACGUUAUAUAUAUACUGUUUGUAUACAUUUAUAUACAAAGGCAAUUGUGAUAAUAUUUUAUAGAUAAUAUUUUAUCCUGAGAAUUUAUAAGAAAAAAUGCUCCAAAAUAUAUACCAUACUGAAUGCCAUAAUUCUGGGAGCAAAAGUGUGUUUAUAUGUCUCAGAACAUAACCAAAGUUGUGCCCUUGUGGGACCGGGCAAGGGUUAAAGAGGUUUCAUUGGAAUUAUGCACAGUCCAACACCCUGAUUGUUGUCUUAAUUUUUCUUCUGAUCCACUUUCCUUAUUGACCUCAACAUUAGAGUUUAACUUGCAACUGUUUUGUGGCCUUUGAAUAACUAGCAGCCAGAAUGACUUGCUUCAAAAAUUUUUGGGGGGCUUCAUCCCUGGAUAUAUAAUGAAUAUAAUUUUAAAUGCAAAUUCCCAUUCUGGUCUUAUUUUGAAUAAUGUGUAGACUUAAUUACAUUCUUACUUUAUAGGAGGAUGGGUUUAAUUACAUUCUUACUUUAUAGGAGGAUGGGUUUAAUUACAUUCUUACUUUAUAGGAGGAUGGGUUUAAUUACAUUCUUACUUUAUAGGAGGAUUGGUACAUUAUAAUUUUUUUCUAAUCAAUAAAUAUAUAUUAGCCAUGUUAAGCUCCAAUGGGCCUUUUAUAUUUUGUUCUGUGCAUCUGUUCACUGACUUUUCAUAUCUUAUAAAUUGUAAAUUUUACUUUAAAUAUUGUUUCUGCUUUAAAUUAUUACUUUACAAUAUAAAAGCAGAAACAAUAUUUAAUGUAAUAUAUAAAUGGCAUAUUUAAAAUGCAAGAGCUGUGAUCUGGGAUUACAGCAGGUUGAGUAGAGAUAUUUAAUGGUAUUAACAGGUGUGAGUGUGUGUGCGUCUUAUGUCGGUAAAAGUACAUAUUGUACUGUAUUGAGGGGAAGAGCAUAAUGGAUGCAUGUCUAUUUAUUUUAUUAUGAAAGUAAAGAAUUUUAAAAA